AUGUCACAACCACCGGAGUCAAACAUACCAUGGGAAGUUCUUACUCUAGUUGCCACCAAUCUUGACCCUAAAACCCUAGCCACCGCCUCAUCUGUCUCAAAACAAUGGUGCACCACCAUGACCUCCGACCACCUAUGGGCCCACCCAUGCACCACCCACUUCCCAUCCAUCUCCCACCUCCAUUCCACCACCCUCCCUUACCACCGUCUCUACAACCUCGGCUUCACCGCCACCAAACGCCGCCACCUACCACCACCACAACCCUCCAUCACCCUCCAAAACCUCCUCUUCGUCAUCACCCUCACCACCUCAACCUCACCUCCACUCACCAUAACCAAACCAUGCACCGAACUUGCACUCGACCCGAGCUCGCUCUUUCGGUUUGAUAUCGACGUAAGUGAUCAUCGAAAAUGGUCGAAAUAUGAAGUUUUGGAUGAUACAAGGGUGACGUGGAAUGUGGUAUUGGGAGGGUAUGAAGGGGUGUUUACUAUGAUGGAUUGUAAAGGGAGGGGGAGUUUUUUUUCCGGGAGUGAUGGGUGGUUUACGGCGGAGUUGCCGGUGGCGGGGUGGUGGAGUGGUGGUGGGUCGAGUGGGUUGGUGGCGGAGAUGAGGGUGGCGGUGAGGGAGGAGGUGGGUGGUGAUGGGAGGAGGGGGGUGGUGGGGAGUGUGAGUGUGGGUGUGUUGAGUGUUGUGACUUGGAGAUAUGUUUGUGUUGAUGAUUGUCUUAGGUACUUGCAACAUUUUCUUGAACCUUGA